ACGGUCAUCAGUAGUUACCUCAGCCACCAAGUCAGAAACCCCGCCUAUUUCUACAAUUUAUAUUCUUAAAAUUUGAUUUUAAAACCCUACUUUAACCUCACUGCUAACCCUGACCUUAAAUUAACACCAAAAAAAGCACCAACAAUAUAAUAAUCAUGAAUAUUUACGAUAUAGAACCAUUUGUACAUUGUGGGUGUGGUAACCGAAGUAAACUAGCUAGCAUGCAAAGUCAUCAGAUGUUUAGUUAGUCAACCGAUCCACAAACUAUUGGAAUGUACGCAAUGUUCUUCUGAGAAAUAGACUUGUUGACAAGUCAAUUCAAUAGCUGCACAGAGUGGCGGGGAUGUUGAAUCAAAAUGGGAAACAUUUUCACCAGAAAGAGACGCACACGAAUCACAGAGCAGGACAGGGCAGUUUUGCAACUGAAACAGCAGAGAGAUAAGUUAAAGCAGUAUCAGAAGAGAAUCACCCUGCAGCUGGAGAAGGAGAGGAAUCUAGCCAAGCAACUGCUGAAAGAUGGCAAGAAAGAGAAGGCCCUCCUCUUGCUCAAAAAGAAGAGAUACCAGGACCAGCUCCUGGACAAGACAGAAAACCAGAUAAGCAACCUGGAGCGAAUGUGUCAAGACAUUGAGUUUGCCCAGAUUGAGAUGAAGGUCGUUGAAGGCCUUAAAGUUGGAAACGACUGCCUGAAGUCAUUGCAUGAGGCGAUGUCCAUCGAGGAUGUGGAGAGAAUUAUGGACGAGACCCAAGAAGGCAUUGAAUACCAGAGGGAAAUAGAUGAGAUGCUGGCAGGUUCCCUGACACAGGAGGAUGAAGAUGCUGUACUGGCUGAACUGGAGGCCAUCACUCAGGGAGAGCUUGACCUACCCGAGGUACCUGAUGAGUCCCUGCCAGACGUCCCAGAGGCAGCUGAUGAAGAACCAGAGCCAGGUCAAGAGAGGGAGAGGCCAAGGAAGAAGCAGGAACGAGGGAUGUUGGCUGUCUAGGGGCCUGUCUGUUCGCCAGGUGACUCUGUGGGUCUUGGUACACCGGCCACUAUAUAUCCCCCUCAUAGGGGUCUCAUGCCCCCCCCACACACACACAAAACCACAAAAAGAUUAUCUUCACCAUCUCUUCCAGUCCCUCGCCUCCAAUACUGAACUUCCUGGUGCCCUGCUAAGCCUUGGCUUUGUGAGCCCCAAUACCGCUUUAUAAUCCUCUUCUGGAUGCAACCACCCCAUCACUCCAACCAGGGUCAUGGACUUUAUUUUUCACAUCAUUGCCUGCAGGUUCUCCCAUUUUUUUUGUUCAUGUUUUAGGGCCUAUUUAGACACAUCAUGAAGAAAUGAGUGGUUUGAUUGAGAUAAUAUUGUGCCUAUUGCCUAAGUCCCGUGACGGGUAUGUUUUUAAAAAAAUCUUCUGUGAACGAACAAAUGAUGUAAUUAACAGACAUGUCUCUUUUGUUUUCUUACUUUUCAACCUUUUUGUGGCUCAGGCCUACCAUCUGACCACAGAGCACAUUCUCUUUGGGAGGAAUAGACAUGCAGACUGUCUUUCAAAAUCAUUACUGUCGGGAUGGUUUUCAGAAUCUUGCCUUGUCUUAGUUAAGAAUGUCUUGAUUGCUGCCAAACUGUCAAUAAUGGAUAUGACUUUGGCUUUGGUUUCAACUUGUUGAUUGCGGAGUAAAAUCCUUAAUAAUACUGACCUAUUUGCUAAAGCCUCCAUUUCAUGUAAAUUCUAUAUUCUUCCUCGCUGUGCAACAGUUUAACUCAUCUAAUGCUCCAGUAGCGUUGGCUUGGUAAUUAGUUCAGUGUCAUUGGGGGAAAGGAAGGGCUAAUUGUAUUGUCACUUACUAACUUAAGUCUGACCGAGCCUGAUGUCCUAGCUAUCCAGUGACUGUUGUGGUAUCAUAUUGGGUCUGUUUCACUAUGAGGUGUGAUAUUGGGUUGUUAUCUGUCUGGAUCUGUAAUAUAUUACUGGCAUAUCAUGAUAUUGGGUUGUUAUCUGUCUGGCUCUGUAAUAUAUUACUGUCAUAUCAUGAUAUUGGGUUAUCUGUCUGGAUAUGUAAUAUGUUACUGGCAUAUCAUGAUAUUGGGUUAUCUGUCUGGAUAUGUAAUAUGUUACUGGCAUAUCAUGAUAUUGGGUUGUUAUCUGUCUGGAUCUGUAAUAUAUUACUGGCAUAUCAUGAUAUUGGGUUGUUAUCUGUCUGGAUAUGUAAUAUGUUACUGGCAUAUCAUGAUAUUGGGUUAUCUGUCUGGCUCUGUAAUAUAUUACUGUCAUAUCAUGAUAUUGGGUUGUUAUCUGUCUGGAUCUGUAAUAUAUUACUGGCAUAUCAUAUCAUGAUAUUGGGUUAUCUGUCUGGCUCUGUAAUAUAUUACUGUCAUAUCAUGAUAUUGGGUUAUCUGUCUGGCUCUGUAAUAUAUUACUGUCAUAUCAUGAUAUUGGGUUAUCUGUCUGGAUCUGUAAUAUAUUACUGGCAUAUCAUGAUAUUGGGUUAUCUGUCUGGCUCUGUAAUAUAUUACUGUCAUAUCAUGAUAUUGGGUUAUCUGUCUGGCUCUGUAAUAUAUUACUGGCAUAUCAUGAUAUUGGGUUGUUAUCUGUCUGGAUCUGUAAUAUAUUACUGGCAUAUCAUGAUAUUGGGUUAUCUGUCUGGCUCUGUAAUAUAUUACUGUCAUAUCAUGAUAUUGGGUUAUCUGUCUGGCUCUGUAAUAUAUUACUGGCAUAUGAUAUUGGGUUGUUAUCUGUCUGGAUCUGUAAUAUAUUACUGGCAUAUCAUAUCAUGAUAUUGGGUUAUCUGUCUGGCUCUGUAAUAUAUUACUGGCAUAUCAUGAUAUUGGGUUAUCUGUCUGAAUCUGUAAUAUAUUACUGGCAUAUCAUGAUAUUGGGUUGUUAUCUGUCUGGAUCUGUAAUAUAUUACUGUCAUAUCAUGAUAUUGGGUUAUCUGUCUGGCUCUGUAAUAUAUUACUGUCAUAUCAUGAUAUUGGGUUAUCUGUCUGGAUCUGUAAUAUAUUACUGUCAUAUCAUGAUAUUGGGUUAUCUGUCUGGAUCUGUAAUAUAUUACUGGCAUAUCAUGAUAUUGGGUUAUCUGUCUGGAUCUGUAAUAUAUUACUGGCAUAUCAUAUCAUGAUAUUGGGUUAUCUGUCUGGAUCUGUAAUAUAUUACUGGCAUAUCAUAUCAUGAUAUUGGGUUAUCUGUCUGGAUCUGUAAUAUAUUACUGACAUAUCAUAUCUCGUAGCGCAUUAGGUAUUUAUCUGAAAUGGAGGGCCUACAUAUAAAAGAUAAGCACUAGCCAUAUUUAAUAGAAUAUGUAAGUGGCUUAUGAACCACUUAUGUAUAGUGUAAAGUAAGUCUCUCUGAGACAGUGACACUCUUGAUAAUGACCGUGGUGACCAUUUCCCAGUGGUAUCAUAUUGACAGACCUGUGGCGUGUCUACGAAAUGUACCAUGUUGUAAUUCUGGAACAAUACAAAGUAUUUUUUGAAGGUGCUGUUUGACCAGCGUGUUGUUAUUAACAACCACUAGCUGGCAGCAAAUAGCAGUUUAUGAUUUUACCUGUUGAUAAGCAAUACCUUUGCAUACAUUGGUUAGUAAACAUAUUGUGUGGAUUCGGA